GAGAAGAGGGCCAAACUCGAACUGUUUUGCUGAAAGGUCUGAUCUGGGGGCGAUUCGGUGACUGGAUAGUCAGGCACCUUCAGGAGGACCAGCCUGGGCAGACAAACAGCGCAGCGGUCUCUGAGAAUGCCCACCGCUUCGGGUACACUAGCGCCAGCCGCCUCCCUCCACCGGUAGUUCGCUCUGAACACCCCUCGUGUGCGGCGCAUGCCUCGGCCCGCCUCGCUUCCGGUUGCUGUCGGCUCCAUAUCCGGUGUCCGCCCGCCCUCGGCUCCCCCGUCGCCGCCGCUGCCGCCGCCGCGAUGCUGUCUCGGUCCCGCUGUGUGUCCCGGGCGUUCAGCCGCUCCCUCGCCGCCUUCCAGAAGGGGAACUGCCCUCUAGGGAGACGUUUCCUGCCUGGGGUCUCCUUAUGUCAGGGACCAAGUUACCCUGACAGCAGGAAGAUUGUCAUUGACAACAGUAGUAUCUUCAGUGUUCGCUACUUUAGAACCACAGCUGUGUGCAAGAAUGAUGUGAUUACAGUCAAUACCCCAGCAUUUGCUGAGUCUGUCACAGAGGGAGAUGUCAGGUGGGAAAAAGCUGUUGGGGACACAGUUGCAGAAGAUGAAGUGGUUUGUGAGAUUGAAACAGAUAAGACAUCUGUGCAGGUUCCGUCACCAGCAAAUGGUGUGAUUGAAGCUCUUUUGGUACCGGAUGGAGGAAAAGUCGAAGGAGGCACUCCUCUCUUCACACUCAGGAAAACUGGUGCUGCUCCUGCUAAGGCCAAGCCAGCUGAAGCGCCUACUGCAGCCCCGAAAGCAGAGCCUACAGUAUCAGCAGUUCCUCCUCCCCCUGCAGCCUCCAUACCUACUCAGAUGCCACUGGUGCCCUCACCCUCACAGCCUCCUUCUAGCAAACCAGUCUCUGCAGUUAAACCCACUGCUACACCUCCACCAAGUGAUCCAGGAGCUGGCAGAGGUCUGCGUUCAGAACAUCGGGAAAAAAUGAACAGGAUGCGGCAGCGAAUUGCUCAACGUCUGAAAGAGGCCCAGAAUACUUGUGCAAUGCUGACCACUUUCAAUGAGAUUGACAUGAGUAACAUCCAGGAAAUGAGAGCUCGGCACAAAGAUGCUUUCCUAAAAAAACAUAACCUCAAACUAGGCUUCAUGUCGGCAUUUGUGAAGGCCUCAGCCUUUGCCUUGCAGGAGCAGCCUGUUGUAAAUGCAGUGAUUGAUGAUGCAACCAAAGAGGUGGUGUAUAGGGACUACAUUGACAUCAGUGUUGCAGUGGCUACUCCACGGGGUCUGGUGGUUCCUGUCAUCAGGAAUGUGGAAACUAUGAAUUAUGCAGAUAUUGAACGAACCAUCAGUGAACUGGGAGAGAAGGCCCGAAAGAAUGAACUUGCCAUUGAAGAUAUGGAUGGUGGUACUUUCACUAUUAGCAAUGGAGGCGUGUUCGGCUCGCUCUUUGGAACACCCAUCAUCAACCCCCCUCAGUCUGCCAUCCUUGGCAUGCAUGCCAUUUUCGACAGGCCAGUGGCUGUGGGGGGCAAGGUGGAGGUGCGGCCUAUGAUGUAUGUGGCACUGACCUAUGAUCACCGGCUGAUUGAUGGCAGAGAGGCUGUGACUUUCCUCCGCAAAAUCAAGGCAGCAGUAGAGGAUCCCAGAGUCCUCCUCCUGGACCUUUAGGAGGAGGCCAUAUGCCCUACAAAUCAAUCAUGCAGGAACUGAAAACCAGACUUCUCCCUGUCCCCCAUGGGUCCCAAGUUAGCCUGGUGACAGGCAGUCACAGGCUAUUGGCCUGAAGCAAGGAAGCCAGGGCACGCACUAUGUAACCAGCAGUCAUAGGUCUUCUCUUGUUAUCCCUGCUGGGUUCUCUCACUCUUAUAUCCUCUCUUGCCUUCAAAUAUCUUAAUUUGCUUAGGCUUGAGAGAGAGGACCUUAUAAUGGAUGCUCAUUAAUAUUCCUGCUUUUCUUUGGUUAGUCCUCUGCAAAGAUGAUUUUGCUUCUCCCCAUUGCCAGUAUGCCAUAGGGAAACCACUGGGGACCACGUGACAGUUUCCAUCUUUGGAAAGUGAUCUCCAGAGAUGUCUAGGGAGGAUACUGUGCCUCCCAAACUCAGAGCAGCAUCUUCUCCGGCUAUCCACAUUUUCACUUGAUGCCACCUGUGUGGAGGUAUUGAACACAGGUGAAGAGGUGCUGCUGUGCUUCUUAAAUGGCACCAUCAUUUUCAGUUUUCAGUGACUUCAAAAUGCCUCUUCUACCUCUUCCAGGAAGCGCAGGCCAGGGGAUCUAGGGGUGGGGGGGGAGUGCUCAGUGGGAGGAGAGGACAGUGUUGCUGUGAGGUCAUAUUAUAAUCAUAGAUGGGAGCAGAACCCAGGCCUGCCCUCAUGCUCUCACGUCAUUGGCUCACACCAGGAAAACUUAUUUUGGCAUACUCGUACAUGACUGUGGUCACACCAACCCUUUCCAGGCUGCUAGGAGCUGUUCUAGUACGUUGUUCUUGUUUAGAGCAGAUGCUAGCACAUGGCAGUAAAGGAGAGCCUGGUCACAGUGAUGUUGAGAGUCUGGGAGGGGAGGCAUCCUGUGACCAGCUCAGAUUGACUUGAGCUUCUAAGUUCAAGUUGAUUUAAGCAUGUGGACUGAGAUGUCGUCUUUCUCCCCAUGUGGCCUGCAAGGAAGUAAGGGCUUGGCUCCUCCCCUGCCGGAUACAGAUCUAGGGGAGAAUGGAAUGUGGUGGGGACCAGCCCUAAGGUGUCAGUGCCUGGUGGUAAAGUGGCUGAUGUCAUCUCAGGUGCUGCAUUUUGUGUCUGGGCACUCAUUGGAAUUCCUUGGAGUGUGGUUGAAUGCAAGUGUCGUGUCAUGAAAGCUGCUGGGCUUUAUGGCUUUGUAUCUGCUGCAUCCAGGCCUGAGACUGCUGGCACUUGACAUGGAGCCAUUAGUGCAGUGCCCCUUUUUAAUCUGGAGCCAAGAGGCAAGGCUGGGGGGAGGGGUGGGGGAGGUGCCAGUACUGAGUGCCUGCAGUAUCUGCUACUCUGUCUUCACCGAGCAGAACUUGUAACUCCAAUAUUUAAAGAAACUGAUUUUGAAUGAAAAUUAAAGGACAGUUAUUCUCAAGCAGGG